AUGACGAUGAUGAUGAUGAUGACGAUGAUGAUGAUGACUAUUAUCAGCAGCAGCAUUAGUAGCAUUUUGGGGGUUUCCGCGUUCAAAUUCUAUUCUUCUUCUAAAGAAGGAGUGGUCGCCCCGUCGUUGGCAAAUCUGAAUUUGCGCCUUCGAUCGGCGGAAUGCGCGGCGUGUCAUCGCGUCGUCUCGCAACUGCACGCGAGAUUACUGCCGAAGAUUAAGAGUCAGAUGAAGUUGGAAAGAGAGAGAUUGCUCUCAGAUUUCGCCACGAAAGCGUCCACGUACGGCACGUACGAGAUACUCGUGGAAGACGAAGUCGAGCACGCGUGUAAAUUGUUGGCGUUGUCGGACACGCAAAAGCGAACGAGGAAAGCGUGCGACGCGUACGUGCAAGACCACACGGACGAUAUCGUGGAGACGUACUUGCGCAAAACGAUGGAGGCGAAGAAGUUUAUCGGCGAUUUUGAAAACCAAGUGGAAGGUUUCGACGAGGAACCGGAGAGUGGAUACGUCUCCGAAGCGGACUUAAAGAAGGAAAAAUUUGAGCGAACGGAGUUGUUCAAGAACAUGCGAAAACACACGUGCGAAAAGACGUGCGGCGACCCGCGGACGAACAACGGGAAAGAAGACGAAGAGGAGCGCAAGAAACUGGAGGCAAACGCGUUGAAUCAUUUAGACCUCGAUGAUGCAGAUUUAGUCGACUUAGAGAACGCGUUGAUGACGGAACCGUUGUCGUACGAAGACGCGAGGGAGGUGGAAGAGAGGCACGGCUUUUUUGAAAUCGUUCCGAAAGAUUUCGAGACGAAAGGGAGCAUUUUUAACACCAGUCCGAUCGAUUUGUUGUUGUUGAUCUCGAGACCGAACACUGUGGGGGAGUUCCAGUUUGCGCAAAUGAAGAUACUGCGGAAAGUGAGCGAUGCUAUUCGAGCGUAUGAAGAAGAUCAAAACUUGAAAGAAAUGCUGCUGAGGAUGGUCGUCUUCGAUGUGGAUCGAUUCGUAGACGAAGGCGGGAUUAAGAAUUCGACGACCUUGAUGCGCGCGACUGGAGGGUAUGAAGGACCGAUGUUGAUGUACUUGCCGGGGAUGAAAAAAGGCGAGUGCAGAGAGGAGAUUGCGAAAGGUGAAAACCCACAAAAACCAGGGAAGAAGAGGAAAAUAGCGAGACCGAUACCGUUGAAUUCCGACCCGGGAGAAACCGUCGACGCGGGUUCCGCAGUGACGUACGAAGAAAUUUUACGAAACAUCGCCGCCAUGUCGAAAAGUAAGAAAGUACAGCGCGCAAUCCGAGACAUUAUGAAUGAUAAGAGUGUAGACGCUCAAGAUCCGAAAGGAUACCAUCGACUCCAAGUGGAUCCCAAGAACGACAUGUUCGAGAAAGAACAGAUCGUAGAACUUUAA